AUGACGGUGUCAACCUCAACAAUAAAAAAGAAAAAGAAAAUGAUGUCAUCGCUAUCAACCUUUCUUUGUUUGGCAGCAGCAGCUAGUCUUCCGAAUGCUAGCGCUUCCGUUGAUUUAGAGCUAAACCAACAAAUGAAUUCACAAGAACAACGCCGAAUGCAGCAAAAAGUCAAUUCAGAGUUUGUCGGUGGGCAAGUUCCUAGUCGGGUUGAUUUUGGAGAUGAUCUUGGAGAGACUUCCUCCAACAGUCUGGCCGCGAAUAAUGCCGAUGAUGCCUUUAAUUACCGAUCCUGUGGGAGUGGAAUAACACAAGCGGGGUUUGCAACCUUGCAAUUUUUGUAUGACAUUGAGACGAACGUUACCAUGACGCCUUCGUCCUAUCUGACUGUCCGACAGCAAACAUUGCAAGAACAACAAUUGAAAUUUCUAAAAUCGACGGUGUUUCCCGAAACCAUGUCCACGGCUCUUUUGGAGAGACUACAAGAAAAGGCUUGUGGAGUUACCUUUUACCAACCUGUGCUCGAAGUAAUCUCGAUUUCCUCCGGCAAGGACGAUGAAGUUUGGGGUUCUUGCAACCAAACAAUGGUGGAGUCACGAUCGUGUACACGAUAUCUAGGAUCCCUUUUGAUUGGUGUCAACAAUACCGCGAUUUUGGGAUCCGUGGACACCAAAGUGGGUAAACAUAUCUUGCCAGCCCUUGCGGCCGACAUGUUUGAAGGAUGGUAUGCUCAAUGGAUGAGUGACUCGUUGGCCUCUAUCAUGCUGGACGAUGGGACUGGAGUUACUGACUUUGUGGGCGGCAUCCAAGUGACAAAGGUGGGUUACGUGGGAGAGCCCAUUUUUGGAGACACAUCUACCCAGACAUCGGCGUCCGGUAUUGGCUUAGGAGCCAUUACCGUUUGGGGCUACGUCUUGAUCUUUUUGGGAUUGUGGUUGCUCCUUUCUAUAUGUUUCUUUUUCUAUUAUGUUUACAGCAACAUUCUCAAGGAAAACGAAGGGGAAACCUUUGUUGAGAAGAAGUCCACCAGGAAUGAAGAUGGACACAAUAACAUCAAUAACAACACUUUCACCAUGGAGUCGGAGGAAGAUGAAGAAGAGGCUCAUAAUAAAAAUAAGCAUCUGCCUACUGCUCGAGAGGUUCGAUCCAAUUCUUAUGACGAAUCCUACGCUCGGCAAAUGCCCUACGAGUAUUCGGACGGAGCAGCACCUUUAGCACUUCCGCCAAUAUCUUCGCCUCCACCACAAGAAUCAUCCUUUUCGAGAAUGGGCAUUCUUCCCAUUGAUAUUGAAAAGGCAGUCAUGCCACUGCAGACACCGCAAAACGCCCGCGAACCCAUGGCGCAUCGCCGGGUCCAAUCCACUGGAAAUGACUAUUAUCAAUUUACUCCAGGAGGUGCUGCUGCUGCCAAUGAUCCACGUUUCAUGAGCGUCACACCGCAGGAACCACCACGCAGAACCUACGAGACUCCAACUUCUCCACCCCGGCUUUCGUAUCGAGAUUAUCAGCCAACGGACGCGCAUGCACCGUAUGGCGCAAGCAGCAUUACGGAAAGCUACACUGGUGGGGGUGGCUACAACAACUAUUCGCUGGAUCACGCCCACGUGACGCACCGAUUGCCAUCCUAUUCUCCUCAAGACAUUUUACAUCAAUCCUUGCCAGACUGGGCCACCCCGCGAGGACAGACUAGGCAGGAGUUUGACGAUCAAUAUCACCACAGUCAUAGUCGGCGACCGGGAACUACCACGACAGUCGUCGAUUCGAGGGGGCGAGUUCGCAAAGAGAUUGCGUUGUAA